AUGACGACAGGUGCGAUGAGAGAGAUCGUCUUCUUCGACGUAGAGACGACGGCUCCGUCGGCGGCGGGGCGGUGGUGGCUGCUGGAGUUCGGCGCCAUCCUGGUGUGCCCCAGGAAGCUGGUGGAGGUGGGCAGCUACGACACCCUCAUCCGCCCGGGCGACCUCUCCGUCGCCGUCACCAGGCGAUUCACGGACGUCGAGGCCAUCGCGGCGGCGCCGCCCUUCAAGGACGUGGCCGACAAGAUAUUCGACAUCCUGGACGGCCGCGUGUGGGCUGGGCACAACAUCCAGCGCUUCGACUGCCCCCGCAUCCGCGAGGCCUUCGCCGACAUCGGCCGCCCCGCCCCCGAGCCCGCCGGCGUCAUCGACUCCCUCAACGUCCUGGCCGCGGAGUUCGGCCGCCGCGCGGGGGACCUCAAGAUGGCCACGCUCGCCACCUACUUCGGCAUCGGCAAGCAGAAGCACAGGAGCCUGGACGACGCGCGCAUGAACCUCGAGGUGCUCAAGCACUGCGCCACCGUCCUGCUGCUCGAGUCCAGCCUGCCCGACGUCCUACGCACGCAGCAGGCUCGCCAAGCCGAUGGCGCCGCGGUCACCAGGAGGAUGGCGGCGCACCGCGCCACCGUCACCACAGCGGCACCGGCGACGAUCACCGUCACCUCGUCCUCCUCUUCUACGACGGCGCCGCCUAAACAUGUGCAGCACCACCGGACCGGCGUCUUGUCGCAGACCAAGCUGCCGUUUACUCCUGUGCGCCACCAAGCGCCGCCACGCCCGGCAGCACCAGCAACUGCACCUGCGCCUACGGCAACCCCCACCCCCUGCGGCAAGCGGAAUAGCCUGGGCAAGGUGGUGCCGAGGGCCGUCGCCCAGCAAGCUGCUGCUGCUCCAUUGAGUACUAGCACAAGCAGGCGCCCGGUGACGGCGACUGCAGCGACGACGCCCUUCCACAUGAUCCUCAGGCACUCCAGGGCCAUCCUCAGAUGA